AUGACUCUGAGUCAUGAUAAGAGAGUUUUAGAAGAGGAAAUUCAAGAGAUCCAAGCUAUUCAUGAUUCUCUGCAGAAGGAACUGGAAACCUUGCGAACAGAGUCUGAUCAACUGGAAGGAAUACAUAAAGAAAAAGAAGAGUUGUGCCAGAAGCUGCAGUAUCUGUGUGAAGAGUCAGAGCAGGACUUUGCCAGACAAUUGAAGCAUAAUAAGUCAGCUGAAGAUCUGUCAGAGCAAUACAACUGUGAGAUCCAGGCCAUAAAGUUGAAACACCGGAAGCUACGUAUGAAAUUUGAAAACCAUCUCUACCAGCUGAUUGAGCAGCAAAAGAACCUUUAUUCAGUUUUUAUGCCAGACAGAAUUCCAGCUGAAAUCGAAAGUGCUGAGAAUACAAAAAGUCAACUGUUAACUGCUGGCAAGUACCAAUCUACCUAA